CCUACAGGUGUGCUGUUUGCCCUGAAGGUAUUGGUAAGUCACUACAGCCCCCGAGGGACCCAGUAUGUGAUGGGGUUCAUCCCUGUCCCCAGCCGUAUGGUCUUCUGGGCAGAACUGGUCAUCAUACAAAUCAUAACGCCGCAUGCUUCAUUUACAGGACAUCUGGCAGGAAUACUAGUAGGUCUACUCUACAUUAAAGGUCCCCUCAAGGCCCUGAUGGAUAGUCUUGUACCCACAGUGCCUUCCUACACUUACACAGCUCAGACCAGUGGCUCUAACACUAGGUAUAAUUAUGGGGCAGGCGCUGGACAAAGAUCUGGAUACAGAGACCCAAACAACGAGCCUCGGGGGACACCAAGAGGUUAUGGCUGGAAUGUAGAUGGCAGUGCCCCGGGGGGAGGGGACUAUAGUACCCACACUGGAGGACUUAGUGAGGAGGAACAGAUACGCAGAGCAACAGAGGAAAGUCUCCGUCAGAACAGAGGUGGAAACCAGGAGAGGCUGUACCCUGACUUAGAAGAGCUCCGACAGAGGCGCCAGAACCGCUACCAAUGAAACACAACUGCUUUUAACACACAGGGAUCUGUUGAUGUCUUCAUCCUGUCAUGUUUACAUGUAUUAGAUGACACACAUUUUUUCCUACAUCCUCAUUGGUUGGACCUUACUCAUGUGGAGGUCCGUGAUUUCUGAUAUUGACUCAAAAUUACUAUUUUUAGAAACAACAGGUGAAUGUUUGCUUUAUGACGUCAUUUUAAUUGUGACGUCACAAUGCUUUGUACCUAAUGCAGCACAUUGUAACAAAACGGGUCAAUUAUUACAUACCUUCUGACAAUUGUCAUACAUUCCAUCUUGUGUAAUGAUUUAAGCAUUAUUUUUACAUCUAUUAUAAUUAUUAACCCUUUCACCACCGUAGACCAUAAUGGACUUAUCCCGAAAAAUGCAUGGUAGAGUCUACUAAAGUUACCUAGGGGUGAAAGGGUUAAGGACUUUUAUUUCGACGAAUAUGCGGUCAUAUGGACCUGAAAGAUGAUAUUGAUCUCGACUUCAUCUCGGUCAAUAUCACAUACUCAGGUCUAUAUAACCACAUAUUUACCUCAGCAAAAGUCAAUAAUUGAUCAAUAUACACAGUAAGAGAUGACUUGAUGUCACAUACAGGGAUCUGUUACAUUCUUAUCUCAUAUUAUGUAUACCAAAGACUGGGACUUAUCUUGAUCAUUCAUCAUUACAUGUAAGUUUCACUGAAUUGGGCAUAAAGGCAGGUAAAACAGAUUUUCCUAAAAUAAAGACCCCCUUUAUUAUCAACCAUGUGUAUCUAAGUUUUUUCAUGUCAUUUACUGGCAGGGGUAUUUCUACCAUGAUGUAACAAAUAAUAUUUGAAAAUUAUAACAGCCAUACUGGCAGUUUGUGAACAUGUCAGCUGAAGAAAGGUACUUUGAACGAGGCAUUAAAUUGGUCCAUGAUAUACUAGAUGUAAUUUUUUUUUUUAUUUUACAACAAUUAUAAAACAAGUUAUUUCAACCGAUAAUAAUCACUCUUGUUGGCCCUGAUGUUAGCGUGCGGAGAGUCUAAAUGUUGGAGGAAAACCGGGGUACCUAGAGAAAACCAACGUGAUCGAGCAUGUAAUCCAAUACCAUUUCACGUCCCAUCGGGGAAUCCAACCCCGGCCGCCUAAAACUGUAAUGUGGUUCUUUAAAGGAGCUGUUCAAUAUUUGUCCUGUUAUGAGGAAUCUUUGACACCACAAAUAAAUACUUGAUUGUUGGAAA